GUUGGCAAAGCAUACAACUGAAAGGCAAAAAAGGGAACUGCCCAGUCUGUAGUCUUCGGAGCCGGAGGCGGAGCGGUGAGCCAGGCCGCCGAAAGACGUGCACACCCCCUCAGCCAGCGAGCCCGAUCGGGUGUCCAUGGGGCUCCGCCUCGGCCCGACCCCCACCACGACCCGGACCACGAUCCCGGGCUGCGGCGCGCGCCAGUGACGGCCGGCCGGCCACUUGGGCUCUGCGAGGGCUCCGCGCGGCCCCAAGAGGCCUUGUCGAGGACCAUGGCUGAACAACUUCUUCCUCAGGCUUUGUAUUUGAGCAAUAUGCGGAAAGCUGUGAAGAUACGAGAGAGAACCCCAGAAGACAUUUUCAAACCUACCAAUGGGAUCAUCUAUCACUUUAAAACCAUGCACCGAUACACGCUGGAGAUGUUCAGAACAUGCCAGUUUUGCCCACAGUUCCGAGAGAUCAUCCACAAAGCACUUAUUGACAGAAGUGUCCAGGCUUCCCUGGAAAGCCAGAAGAAGCUCAACUGGUGUCGUGAAGUCAGGAAGCUCGUGGCUCUGAAAACCAAUGGUGAUGGAAACUGCCUCAUGCAUGCAGCUUGUCAGUACAUGUGGGGUGUUCAGGAUACUGACCUGGUCCUGAGGAAGGCCCUCUGCAGCACCCUUAAGGAGACAGACACUCGGAACUUUAAAUUCCGCUGGCAGCUGGAAUCUCUGAAAUCUCAGGAAUUUGUGGAAACAGGACUUUGCUACGACACUCGGAACUGGAAUGACGAAUGGGACAACUUGGUCAAAAUGGCAUCAGCAGACACACCUGCAGCCCGAAGUGGACUUCAGUACAAUUCCCUGGAAGAAAUCCACAUAUUUGUCCUCAGCAACAUCCUCAGAAGACCCAUCAUUGUCAUUUCAGACAAAAUGCUAAGAAGUUUGGAAUCUGGUUCCAAUUUUGCUCCUUUGAAAGUGGGUGGGAUUUAUCUGCCUCUUCACUGGCCUGCCCAGGAGUGUUACAGAUAUCCCAUCGUCCUAGGCUAUGACAGCCAGCACUUUGUACCCCUGGUGACCCUGAAGGACAGUGGACCUGAACUUCGCGCUGUUCCACUUGUUAACAGAGACCGGGGUAGGUUUGAAGACUUAAAAGUUCACUUCUUGACAGAUCCUGAGAAUGAGAUGAAGGAAAAGCUUCUAAAGGAGUACUUGAUAGUGAUGGAGAUCCCUGUGCAAGGCUGGGACCACGGCACGACUCACCUGAUCAACGCUGCAAAAUUGGAUGAAGCUAACUUACCCAAAGAAAUAAAUUUGGUAGACGAUUACUUUGAGCUUGUUCAGCACGAAUACAAGAAAUGGCAGGAGAACAGCGAUCAGGCCAGGAGAGCGGCACAUGCGCAGAACCCCUUGGAGCCUUCCACACCCCAGCUAUCACUCAUGGAUAUAAAAUGUGAGACACCCAACUGUCCUUUCUUCAUGUCCGUGAACACUCAGCCUUUAUGCCACGAAUGCUCAGAGAGGCGCCAAAAGAAUCAGAGCAAGCUCCCAAAGCUGAACUCGAAGCUAGGCCCUGAAGGACUCCCAGGCGUGGGACUUGGCUCCUCAAACUGGAGCCCCGAGGAAACCGCUGGAGGACCUCAUUCAGCCCCACCCACAGCACCCAGCCUUUUUCUCUUCAGUGAGACCACUGCAAUGAAGUGCAGGAGUCCUGGGUGCCCUUUUACUUUGAAUGUGCAGCAUAAUGGAUUCUGUGAGCGUUGCCACGCCCGGCAGAUUAAUGCCAGCCACACCGCAGACCCUGGAAAGUGCCAAGCCUGCCUUCAGGAUGUCACUCGGACCUUUAAUGGCAUCUGCAGUACCUGUUUCAAAAGGACUACAGCAGAGCCCAGCUCCAGCCUCACUUCCAGUAUCCCUGCCUCCUGUCACCAACGCUCCAAGUCUGACCCCUCACAACUCAUCCAAAGUCUCACUCCACACUCUUGCCACCGGACUGGAAAUGUCUCUCCUUCUGGCUGCCUCUCCCAGGCUGCACGGACUCCAGGAGACAGAGCAGGGACAAGCAAGUGCAGGAAAGCUGGCUGCAUGUAUUUUGGGACUCCAGAAAACAAGGGCUUUUGCACUCUAUGUUUCAUCGAAUACAGAGAAAAUAAGCAGUCUGUUACUGCCUCUGAGAAAGCUGGUUCCCCGGCCCCCAGGUUCCAGAACAAUGUCCCGUGCCUGGGCAGGGAGUGCGGCACACUCGGAAGCACCAUGUUUGAAGGGUACUGUCAGAAGUGUUUCAUCGAAGCUCAGAACCAGAGAUUCCAUGAAGCAAGAAGAACGGAAGAACAGCUGAGAUCAAGCCAGCAUAGAGACAUGCCUCGAACUACACAGGUAGCCUCAAGGCUGAAAUGUGCCCGGGCCUCCUGCAAGAACAUUCUGGCCUGUCGCAGUGAGGAACUCUGUAUGGAGUGCCAGCACCUAAGCCAACGAGUAGGUUCUGUGGCCCACCGGGGUGAGCCCACGCCUGAAGAGCCCCCUAAACAGCGCUGCCGGGCCCCUGCUUGUGAUCACUUUGGCAAUGCCAAGUGUAAUGGUUACUGCAAUGAGUGCUACCAGUUCAAGCAGAUGUAUGGCUAAGUGCGAACACAUUGACAGGUCCAGCAAGAAGGAGCCUCAAACUGCCAUUCACAGUGGUACUGUGAUCCAGACCCCUGAGUGCCACAGGAAGGGUAGGCCCUGGGACAGUGGCUUCAAGUGUCUUUGAGCAAGUAGGCAAGAUAAGCUCUUCCUUCGUCACAGCCAUGACCAUCAGGUUAGUAACCGAGACUUUGCCCUGGUGAGCUGAGAGUAGACCUGGUUACCGGCAGUGCAUGAUGUCAGGGUCAGCCUGAAGCUAUUGCUGCUCGUCUACCAGGAGGAUGUGGAGAUCUUUAGACACGAAAUGCGUGCUAGGACUGGCAGCAGUUCCUGAGCCUGGCUGCCAGGCAACAGGAAGAAAGGCGUAUGGGAAAGUAGGAUGGAGACUGGAACCAUCCUACUGCUGCCAGCUGGAAGCUUUUCUCAGAGAGCCAAAGCUGAAUUCUCAGAGCUCCAAGGCCCUCCACAAGAUGCUAGAGGAAGCUCAGGGAAAAACAGGACGUAGGCGGAGCACAUCUGUGGUCAAUGGGCUUCCCUAUCUGCCGACUUGGCUCCCAAGGUUCUGCAGGAAAGCAGACCUGCACACAGAUCCCGUGGCUGCUGAAAAGACACAUGUUCACAUGGAGACAAACCAAGCUGCUCGCUCUCGGCUGUAUGCACCUUCUAGACAGCAGAACGUCUGGUGGGAAGACAUGCCAGUGUUGGCCAUUGUCUCCCAUUCCAAAGAGAAUAACUUUGAACUGAGGGUGUGUAUCAGAGUAUGUACAUAUGUAAUAUACCCUUAUAUUAUGUAUGAGGGAUUUAAAAUAUUGAAAUGGUUUCCUAGUGGUAGUAGGAAGACUGAAUAAGAACAACCUAUUUUCUGGUUGUUGUCAGCUUGCCCCUGUCUAUACAGCUUGUUACGUGAAUUCAACAAGCUGUCUUCUUAACGGGAGCCCUCAUUCUGGUUUAUUUAUUAUGAACUUCCAAGUUAUUUAAAUGAAGAUUUCCUUCUGCAGUAUUUUCUUGAGAUAACAUAUUUGCUUUCCACCAUGUCCUGGGGGCCUGGUUAGUCCCUGGCCAUGGAGUGUGGUGGGAUGGCUGUCUUCUCUCUCCUUGUUACCUCCCUAGGAAAGAAGGGGUUGCUUUAUGGAUAAGCCUGUAGAAUCGGCUGCUUCCUAUGACUCCCUGGCUGCACAAGAAGAAAUUGUCUGUCUUCCAUAUAUGCUUCUAAGUAUCCUACCUCUUUGAAGAAAAGAUAGGGAUGGAGUGAGGUGACAGUGGGAAGGGACACAACUACAUGGCCUUUCAUGACCCUGGCUUACUGUGUAAAUGCUGUGCCCUUGGGUACUGGAUAGGAACACUGAGAAAGCAAAGCCAAUAGCCGUGAGGACGAGGAAGUUUCUGCCACUGCUUGCAGCUUUUCUGUGUGCUUUGGACUUGCUUUAGGAGGGAAAUAUAGCUUUGUAGAGAUAAAGGCUGACAUCUGGGGUCUAGCCUAGCACCUGAAGAUACUUGUGAUGUCUAACUCUGCAUAGCCUUUUCUCUUCAUAUCUGCGGCCUAUCUUUUCCCCUUACAUAUGUCUUUGUCCUUCUUUCCCAAAGAUGUCAAAUACAAUGCAGCAUUUUCAUCUUGUUCUUUCAAAGUUAAUAGUCUAUUAUUUUAUGUCUAUUGAUUUUCAUUGUUAAUGUGAAAUGGUUAUUUAUACUUAUAGAAAGUUUGUGAAAUUUGCACAGUUGUCUUUCAAAGGAUAGGAUCUAUCUUUUUUGGACUUCAGAUUGUUUUAAAGAACUGUAACUUCACAAAAGUCAAUAUUAAAAAAUAAAUUAUUUAAGAACAAA